AUGAUUCACACAGGGGAGAAGCCGUAUAAAUGCUUACAGAAGUUUCACACGGGAGAGAAGCCAUAUGCAUACUCUGAUUGUAACGAGAGGUUUUCUGUUAAAUCAAGGCUUCAAGUAUAUAUGAGGCUUCACACAGGUGAGAAGCCGUACACGUGCUCAGAGUGUGGAAAGGGCUUCCGACAGAGCACACACCUUAACUCCCAUCUCCUGCUUCACAGAGGUGAAAGGCCAUAUCGGUGCUUAGAAUGUGGGAAGAGCUUCACUCAUAAAGACAGCCUUACUUUGCAUCAACACAUUCACACUGGGGAGAAGCCAUUUAAAUGCUCCAAUUGUACCAACAGUUUUUCUGAUAAAACAAACCUUAUUAAACACAAGAGGGUUCACACUGGGGAGAAGUCGUAUAAAUGCUUGGAGUAUGGAAAGCGCUUCUGUCAGAAUAGCUACCUAACAGUACAUCAGAGGAUUCACACAAAGGAGAAGCCAUAUGAAUGCUUAGAGUAUGGAGUUUCAGUCAGAAUGGAAGCCUCAUUGUACAUCAAGGGAUUCACAAAAGGGAAAAGCUAUAGAAAUGCUUGGAAUGAGGGAAGAGUUUCAGUGAGAGAGACAGCUUUAACUCACAUCUAA